AUGGCGCUCGGCCGGCGGAGGCGGCGGCGGCUGCGGCGCUGCCGGGCGCUGCUGCUGGGCGCACUGCUCUCGCUCUCGGGCACCUGCCUCUGCUACAGCCUGCUGCUCCUCUGCUGCGCCCCCGAGCCGCCCCCCGCCGCCGCCGCCGCCGCCCGCUGCCCGCCCGCCCUGCCCGCCGCCGCCCGCAAGAAACUUCUGCAGAAGUGGCGCGCCUGCCCCGCCGCCGCGCCGCCCUCGGCCCGGGACCCGCCCGCCCCCUCGGCCCGGCCGGCGGGAGACGGGAGCAGCCGGGCCAAGGCGGCCGUGGCCAAGCGGCUCCCGCACGCGCUGAUCGUGGGCGUCAAGAAGGGCGGCACCCGCGCCGUGCUAGAGUUCAUUCGCGGCCACCCGGGCGUGCGCGCCCUCGGCACCGAGCCCCACUUCUUCGACCGGCACUACGAGCGGGGCCUGGAGUGGUACAGGCACCUGAUGCCCCGCACCCUGGACAGCCAGAUUACCAUGGAGAAGACCCCCAGCUACUACAUCACCCGGGAAGCUCCCCAGCGGAUCUUCAACAUGUCCCGGAACACGAAGCUGAUUGUGGUGGUGAGGAAUCCGGUCACCAGAGCCAUCUCGGACUACACCCAGACCCUCUCCAAGAGGCCGGACAUCCCCACCUUCGAGGGGCUCUCCUUCCGCAACCGCAGCCUCGGCCUGGUGGACACUUCCUGGAGCGCCAUCCGCAUCGGCCUCUAUGCGCUGCACCUGGAGAGCUGGCUCCAGUACUUCCCGCUCUCCCAGAUCCACUUCGUCAGUGGGGAGCGGCUCAUCACGGACCCCGCGGAGGAGAUGGCCAAAGUGCAGGACUUCCUGGGCCUGAAGCGGCUCAUCACCGAGAGCCACUUCUUCUUCAACAAGACCAAGGGCUUCCCCUGCUUGAAGAAGGCCGGGAGAGGCACUCCACCCCGCUGCCUGGGGAAAUCCAAAGGCAGGCCUCACGUCCAGAUUGACCCAGAUGUGCUGGAGCAGCUACAGGACUUCUACCGCCCCUACAACAUCCGCUUCUACGAGGCCGUGGGGCGAGACUUCCGGUGGGAGUGA